AUCGCAGGCGGAGAAGGGGGCGUUCACUGCUCGCAGUAAAAACUCCCGCCCGCGCGCUUCCCUCCGUCACUCCAGUUGUACGCGCGUGACAGCAGCCUUCACCCACGCAGAGCGGCUCGGUUGGCGUCAGCACGAACACGGCACGCGCCAGAACUCCUCACCGACUCCCCGGUAGCUGACGGUUUACUUCACCGGCGACACUUCCAGCUCGUCUCGGUGUCCGUGAAGCGACAACAUCAUGCCGAGUCUGCGACACUCCUACACGGUCACGGUACCGGAGGAACCCGCCGCCUUCCCUCUGGACAAACCGGAGCUGCAGCGCAAGAGCCAGCGGUUCUCCCGGUCCGUGCUGGUGUCCACCUUCAUGGGUCUCAUCAUCAACCAGGCCAAGAACAAGAGUCCUCAGGGUUUGGUUGGGUUGAGAAACCUGGGCAACACGUGUUUCAUGAACUCCAUCCUCCAAUGUCUGAGCAACACUUCAGAGCUGAGGGAUUACUGCCUGAGGAACGUUCACCGGCUGGACGUGAGCAGCAGGACCAACGCGGCGCUCAUGGAAGAAUUCGCUAAGCUGACCCAGAGUCUGUGGACGUCGGCGAACAUCGAAGCCAUCAGUCCCUCCGACUUCAGGACUCAGAUCCAGAGAGUCGCUCCAAAGUUCGUCGGCUGCAAUCAGCAGGACGCCCAAGAGUUCCUGCGCUCGCUGUUGGACGGCCUUCACAACGACGUGAACAGAGUGACGGUCCGCCCGAGGUCGCCCGUCGAGGACUUGGACCACUACUCAGAUGAGGAGAAAAGCAAACGGAUGUGGAACAUGUACCUGGCGCGAGAGGACAGUAAAGUCGUAGACCUGUUUGUGGGGCAGCUGAAGAGCUCGCUAACCUGCACCGUUUGCGGCUUCCGCUCCACCACGUUUGACCCGUUUUGGGACCUGUCGUUACCCAUCGCCCAGGAGCGAUCAGGGGAGGUGACUCUCAAGGACUGCCUGAGACUCUUCUCAAAGGAAGAUGUGCUGGACGGAGAGGAGAAACCGACGUGCAACAAAUGUAAAGCCAGAAGAAAAUGCACCAAGAAGUUCAGCAUCCAGAAGUUCCCUCAGAUCCUCGUCAUUCACCUUAAACGCUUCUCGGACUCCAAUUCCCGCUCCAGCAAACUCUCCACAUUCGUCAACUUUCCUCUCAAAGAAUUGGACCUGCGGGAGUUUUCCGCGGAUCACAGCGAGCUUCCGGUGUAUAACCUGUAUGCGGUAUCCAACCACAUUGGGAACACCUUGGGAGGCCAUUACACGGCGUACUGCAAGAACCCUGCACUGGGGGAGUGGUACAGCUACAAUGACUCCAGGGUGAGCCCCAUCUCCUCCGGCCAGGUACGGACCAGCAACGCCUACGUGCUCUUCUACGAGCUGGCCCCCUCCUCACACAGCAAAUACCAGACGUGUCGGCUAUAAGGCUCCGCAGAGGAGCAGGAAACCGGACUUUACCAAGAAGAUGACAUGUGGAGACGGAGCUCCAUCUAGUGGAGAGAUUCUUGCCAAAUGAGAGACGUGAAACGUUUGGAGCAGAGUGGUUGAUUGGGGAAAAACUUGCCUCACAUGUGGAGUGGAAGCAACUCCAAAACUAAAAAAAGAAGUCUUCCAUUUAUGGAAGAACAGCUACUUUGGACAUGAGUUUAUGCCAUGAGGUAUAUUUUUCUCUGGAUGUAUUUCCAGCAUAAUUUAUUCUAUUUAAUGUCAGCAAACAUUGUAAUUUAACAAAACGUUUUUUGGGUCCACCAUUGGUGGGAUGAUCUUAUGUAUUGAAAUAAAAUGUUGUACAUUAUUUAUGAAGAGCAUAGCAGAAGUAUUAUCUGUACUGUUGAAAGUACAAACCAAAGCAGCUAUGUCAGGACUUUUUACACAUAUGAUCCAUCUGACUUUACUUCAAAGUCAUUUGUUUAUGAAUGAUUAAAAAAUUCCUCACUGAUUUCUA